CGGCCCCUGCACCUCAGCGCGCGCGGCGGCUGCGGACGCGGAGGAGGAAUCGGACUUGGCGGGGACCCGGCGGGAGCGCGAGCCCUCGGCGCCGGCUGACAGCGCGCCCCGAUCCCCCGGCCCCGAGCCCUCGGCCCCGGAGCCCCCGGCCGCGGAGCGCGCCGAGCCGGCCAUGGGGCGCGCGGGGGCCGCCUGAGCCCGAGCCCGAGCCGGCCGGAGCGCGCGGGGCCCGGGGCAAAGCGCCCGGCGACAGCGGCCUGGCUCGGCCCCCGUCCUUUGUCCCGGUCCCUCCCGGGCGGCCCGGCGCCGGAGCUGAGGGCGGCCGGGUCCUCCCUCUGGGGCGCGGGCGGAGCGCAGGGCGCUCGAGGAGGGGAUCGCGGCGGCGGCGCGGGCGGCCCGGGAAGGCGCGAGCUCCGGAGCGGCUGGAAAUGUCCUGUCUUGGCUGCCUCCUCGUGAGAUACCUGUUCCCGGCCCUCCUGCUGCACGGGCUGGGAGAGGGCUCUGCCCUCCUCCAUUCAGACAGCAGAUCCCAUCCUCGGUCCUUGGAGAAAAGUGCCUGGAGGGCUUUCAAGGAGUCCCAGUGCCAUCACAUGCUCAAGCACCUCCACAGUGGAGCGCGGAUCACUGUCCAGAUGCCACCCACCAUCGAGGGGCACUGGGUCUCCACGGGGUGUGAAGUGAGGUCAGGCCCAGAGUUCAUCACACGAUCUUACAGAUUCUACCACAACAACACCUUCAAGGCCUACCAGUUUUAUUAUGGUGGCAACCGCUGCACAAAUCCUACCUAUACCCUCAUCAUCCGCGGCAAGAUCCGCCUUCGCCAAGCCUCCUGGAUCAUCCGCGGGGGCACGGAAGCCGACUACCAGCUGCACAGCGUGCAAGUCAUCUGCCACACGGGGGCUGUCGUGGAGAAGCUCAGCCAGCUGGUCAACCACACGUGCCCCGGGUUCAUCCCCACUGGGAGCCCCUGGGUGCAGGAUGUGCCCUAUGACCUGUGGCGGGAGGAGGGUGGCUGCGAGUGCACCAGGGCCGUGAAUUUUGCCAUGCACGAGCUUCAGCUCAUCCGGGUGGAGAAGCAGUACCUGCACCACAACUUGGACCACCUGGUUGAGGAGCUCUUCCUCGGCGACAUCCACACCGACGUCUCCCAGAGAAUGUUCUACCGGCCAUCCAGCUACCAGCCCCCUCUGCAGAAUGCCAAGAACCACGACCACGCCUGUAUCGCCUGCCGGAUCAUCUACCGCUCCGACGGCCAUCACCCGCCCCUCCUGCCUCCCAAGCCCGACCUGCCCAUCGGCCUGCACGGCCAGUGGGUGAGCCAGCGCUGCGAGGUGCGCCCCGAGGUCCUCUUCCUCACCCGCCACUUCGUCUUCCACGACAACAACCACACCUGGGAGGGCCACUACUACCACUACUCGGACCCCGUCUGCAAGCACCCCACCUUCACCAUCUAUGCCAGGGGCCGCUACAGCCGCGGCGUGCACUCGGCCCGCGUCAUGGGGGGCACCGAGUUCGUGUUCAAAGUGAGCCACCUGAAGGUCACCCCCAUGGACGCGGCUACGGCCUCGCUCCUCAACGUCUUCAACGGGAAUGAGUGCGGAGCUGAGGGCUCCUGGCAGGUGGGCAUCCAGCAGGACGUGACGCACACCAACGGCUGCGUGGCCCUGGGCAUCAAGCUACCUCACACCGAGUACGAGAUCUUCAAGAUGGAGCAGGACGCCCGCGGUCGGUGCCUGCUCUUCAACGGCCAGCGGCCCAGCGACGGGUCCAGCCCGGACAGGCCGGAGAAGAGAGCCACCUCUUACCAAAUGCCCUUGGUCCAGUGCGCGCCUUCCGCACCCCGAGCGGAAGAUUUCCCAGAAGAGAGCGGAAUGCACCAGUCUGGGGGCGCUGCACCUCCAGCAAGGGCUCUCCCGGUGCUACUCACGGCCGUCACCUGCCUGCUGACUGUGCCACAUUGGGACAUUCUCAGAUAGAAUUCUUUCUGGAAAGUUCUAUUUUCCCAAACCAGGGUCCCUUUACAAUGGACAGAUUUUCUUUAUGGAAAGAAAGGAUGUUUCUUCUUUUGGUGCACUUGAAUGCCUGAGAACUGUCGUUCUUUUUCUUCUCCGCCUUGUUCCCCAACCUCCCAGCCCUGAGUCACAAACAGCACUUGUUUGAAGUUUCUGCUUUGAACUUCAUCCAGUCUGAUCCCUGGCCUCCGCGACUUCACAGUAGAAAUUGCACUUUAAGACUGCGGAGCGAUUCUGGAGAGUGUGUUGUGGAGUGGGGGGUGGGAGAGGGAGUGAGAGCUGGGCCCUUUUGUUUUUUUCUCUCAUUAUAUUUCUGAGUUGAACUUAGAAGAAGCAAAGGUCAAGCUACGACUUUUACUACCAUUUCACUGUGGUCCCUGCCUGUCUCUCUUUGAAAUCAUGUCGCUCUCUGAGUUUUACAGCCUGACUCCAAUGCAUCGUUGGUUUGAGACUUGGAACAAGACACCUUAUAAUGACAUAGAGACCUGGGAGUACAUAUGUACUAAACCAUUUACAGCCUUUAUGUUAAAAAAGAGAGAAGCAAAACUCAUUUCAGAAAUGCUGAUUAGGAAAAUAGCUGUAAUUAAAGUUUCAAAGUAAUUUAACUAUUUUUAUAUCAGUUCCUUUAACUUGUUUAAAAGAGAGGCUGGUGGCAUUUGCUAUAUGUUGGUUUCUGGAUGGUUAGAGGAGGAGUGUCACUGCUGUACCCUGAGUAGACAGGAGUGGUAGAUAAAAGGUCAGAAGCAAUCCCAUUACUGGAUGGACAAGACAUCUCAGUGCUUGAAAUGCCAUGUGAGUGAUUAAAAUGUGCUUGUUCCAUAGUUUCCUCAUCCUGUAUCACAGUACAUUUGGUUAAGCGGGAGCAGAAGGAGCUUAACUUCAGGCAUGUCUGCUGCCUCCAAAAAUAAACACAUAGAGAUGACAGUUUGGUGCUCAGAGUUCUGUAGCAGACCCUUGAUUUGGUGUGUAAUUGAGAUUUGGGCCUACGGUCAUCUUAUUAUUGGACAUGACAGCUUGACUCAGUUUCUUUUCUGCUGUUGACCUGGCACCACAACUGCGGUGUGUUUCCGGAUCAUCUGCAGAAUCUAGAACGUCGGUGCGCCAUUUCUUUCUCACAGAGACACUGGGAGGGUGAAGGAGUUCAUGUCUGUUCAUUACUUUGAAUUAUUACAAAUGGUGCCAUGUCGACAUUGAGUAGUAUCCCUAAAAAAGAGCAAUCGAGGGCACUGGUGAGACCAGGGAGGGAUGUAACGCAGAGAUGGGACUAAAGGCAAACAGGCAAAACAUGAUCGAGGGUAAGAAUCAUGUUUGUAUUUAAGAAUUAACUUUAUGAGAUGUUGUAGCAUUCAGUGCGAUAAAUUAUAAGGAGCAGAAUGGUGUGGAGUACCAAAGUGUUUUAUAUUUAGAUUAUAUUUUGAGUCAGGGUGCAUAGUGAGGUGGUUUACUCCAAAUGAAACUACUAACUUAAUGUCUGCCAAGUUUAAUAAACAGAAAUGUCAAAAAUACUCCCACAAAAUACAUUUUCCCUGUGGAUCUAUUUCAUUCAUGCUAAUGCUGUCUUUAAAGGAUGUAAUAAAAUCAUGUGAUUUACCAUAAAAGUGA